AUGAUGGCGUCCUCCGCGGAGGAGGAUGACCAUCAUGCGGAUGACCCUCAAAAAACAGACCUCUGGCAGCAAACGCUUCAGACCGUUCGAAUGGUUGAUUCUGUUUAUGAUAUGCGCGAAUUGCAUCGCGCUUGCCGUUUACCAGCCUUAUCCCGCUCAGGAUUCCGAUAUCAAAAAUACUAUCCUGGUGGGUUUCAAUUCAUGUUACCAUACUGA